AUGUUUGAAAAUAAUAAAGAUAAUUCAAAUGGGAUUGAGACUGUAAGCCUUUCUGCUUCUAAUUGUGAUCAGGUCCUUCUUGAUAUUGGUAACCUUUUGAGUGAAAUUCCUUCUCAAUCUGAGAUAGAAAAGUAUGUCACAAAUGACCAUGUCGAUUUUCCUAACAUAUUACCCAAAGAUAUUAACAAUCAGGCUCAGACAAUUUUAAAUUUUUGGAAUGUCAAAGGUAAAGUUCAUAAAAGAGACUGGCUGGUUUGGAGUCAACAUAAACAGGCAUUAUUUUGCUUUCCAUGUCGAUUAUUUUCUGAUAAUAUUUCCAAAAGCUCUGUUACUGAGAGAAAUUUAAGUUCGCGAUCAGUAUUUGCUUCACUUGGUGGAUAUGCAGCAACUGGUAAAUGGCGAAAAAUAUUAGAUGUUAUCCUAUUUUUGGGUGAACGUGGAUUGGCUUUUCGGGGAUCCUCCCAGCGAAUUGGAGAUGUAGGUAAUGACAACUUUUUGGGUCUUAUAGAGUUACAUUGGGACCCUAUACUUAAAGAGCAUGUAUUGUCAGUGAAAGAAUUUCAGCGAAAAGGCAAAAGACUUCAAGUUCAUUAUCUAUCAGGUGAUAAUCAAAAUGAAUUCAUUGCAGUAUUCUCAAAUUUUUUGCGACAGCAUGUUUUACAAGAAAGAAGAUCUACUAAGUAUUUCGCAAUAAUGGUAGAUGCAACACCAGACUCGUCACAUACAGAGCAAACAACAUUCAUAUUACAAUAUGUAACAUUAAAAGAUUCACAAUAUGAAAUUGUUGAACGAUUUCUAACAUAUGUAGAUUGCAACAAUAAAACUGAAAUAUCUCAAAUGAUAGUGGAAACAUUUCAACAUAACUCCAUUCCUCUCUCAGAUUGCAGGGCACAAGCAUAUGACAAUGGAUCAAAUAUGGCUAGAAAAUACAAUGGUGUGCAAGCUAAAAUACUUCAGUUAUGUCCAUUAGCACUAUUUUCCCCUUGUGGAUGUCACACACUUAAUCUUGUGGGAAAUGAUGCGGCAGAAUGUAUUCCUGAAGCUGUAACAUUUUUUGGAACGAUUCAAACAGUAUAUAAUUUUUUCAGCUCAAGUCCAAAACGAUGGGAGAUAUUAUCAAAACACAUCAAUUGCUCACUAAAAGGAAUGUCGCAUACAAGGUGGUCAGAUCGUGUUGAAAGUGUCAAACCUUUUGCAGCACAACUUCCUGGGAUUAAAUUGUCAUUGGAAGAGCUUUUAGAAUUAAAUUUGACUUCUAAAACAAGAGCUGAAGUAGAAGGUGCCUUAUAG